AUGCCCGAGCUCCUAGAUACAAAGAUGGGGGAAGUAUCUCUCAACGAGGAGACAAAGUACCAGCGUACUCCUUUCGGAAAGGAAAUGCUCAAGAAUUUCCUCUUCGACCCAGCUUGGAAGAACCUCAAUCAUGGCUCGUUCGGUGCACCUCCUCGAGCCAUUCGAGAUAAGCAACGAGCGUACCAAGAUGAAUGUGAAGCUCGACCAGAUCUCUUCAUACGCCACACGUAUCCAAAGCUGCUGGAUGAGUCCCGAGCAUCUAUAGCCAAACUCCUCAAUGCUCCAAUCGAGACCAUUGUUCAUGUUCCGAAUGCUACCAUGGGUGUCAAUACCGUGCUUCGUAAUAUUCCUUGGCAUGAUGAUGGAAGAGACGAGAUUCUUUACUUCAACACCAUCUAUGGAGCUUGCGGAAAGACAAUCGAAUGCGUGGCUGAGAUCAACCGCUAUGCCGUCCAACCACGAGAGAUGCAUGUGACCUACCCGCUCUCAGACGCCGAUGUCGUAAAGGUCUUCAAAGAGACUAUACGCGCCUCUCGAGCAGCCAGGAAGUUUCCACGUGUUGCGGUCUUCGACACAGUAUCCUCACUCCCCGGUCUCCGCGUGCCCUUCGACCAGCUCACCAAAAUCUGCAAAGAAGAAGGAAUCCUAUCGCUCGUUGACGGCGCCCAUGGAGUAGGUCAUAUACCCCUCGAUCUCUCAGCUAUAGACCCCGACUUCUUUGUCAGUAACGUGCACAAAUGGCUCUUCGUCCCUCGUGGCUGUGCCGUGCUGUACGUACCAGUGCGAAACCAAGGACUUAUUCGGUCGUCCCUCCCAACAUCUCAUGGCUUUCAACCGAAAACCAGUGGUGGUGGAGGAACGCCUAGCUCGAUGCCACCGGCAGUAAACAGCGAGUUUGUAAAUAACUUCGAGUUCGUGGGUACCAUUGACAACACGAACUACCUCGUCGUCCCUGAAGCUAUCAAAUGGCGAGAGGAGGUCUGUGGUGGCGAGAAAGCUAUCAUGGAGUAUAACACGAACUUGGCAAGAGAGGGCGGGAAAGCAGUAGCGAAGUACCUGGGGACGAAGAUUCUGGACAAUGACGAGCACACUUUGACGGAUUGCAACCUGGUGAACGUCCUGCUGCCAUUGGAGGUCUCCGAAUCCGCUAUCCCUGGGACUAAUACGGUCAAAUCAGCGGAUGUAGCUGAAGUUACGUUGAGGCUGCAAAAAAUACUGAUUGACGAACAUAACACUUUUCUUGCUAUAUUUUUCUUUCAGGGACAGUGGUGGGCUCGUUUGAGUGGACAAGUGUACCUGGAUAUCACAGAUUUCGAGUGGGUCGCUGAGAAGUUGAAGGAGGUUUGUGAGCGUGCUGGGAAGCAAGGGUUCUUGAAAAAGGAGAAGUGA